AUGUCGGUGGUGCGGAAGUUGGGACAAGGCGAGGCGCCAGGGAAGCAAGUGGCAAGUCGACGGGUCUUGCAUUGCGCCAGAAGGGCCGACCCGGAGCGCGGAAAAAAUCCGGCGGAGGUGGGGGAGGAGGAAAAAGAUGAGGAUGAUGAUGAGGAGGACGAAGAGGAGGAGGGGGAGGAGGAGGAGGAGGAGGAGGAGGAGGAGGAGGAGGAGGAUGAGGGGGAGGAGGAGGAGGAGGAGGAGGAGGAGGAGGAGGAGGAGGAGGAAGAGGACAAGGAGGGGGACGACAAGGAUGAGGAGGAGGAGGACGAGGAGGGGGACGACGACGAAGAGGAGGAGGAGGAGGAGGAGGGGGAGGAGGAGGAGGAGGAGGAGGAGGAGGGGGAGGAGGAGGAGGAGGAGGAGGAGGAGGAGGAGGCGGAGGAGGAGGAGGCGGAGGAGGAGGAUGCGGAGGAGGAGGAGGAGGAAGGGGCGGAAGAGGAAGAGGAGGAGGAUGUGGCAGCAGUGAAGGGCCGGGGAGCACGGGGCAGACGAGGGAGUGCGUGA